AAACCAAGAAAAACCUCCUAAUAUUUACUUUAACCUAAAAAUUUAUCUUAUCUGUUAUUUUUUGAAUAACAUGGAAAUAACUUGACUACAUAUUAAAUUAGUGAAAAUGUUUAGUUACCAUAUUUUAGCGGUUUUAUCAGUGCUACUUUUCUUCCAAGGAUUUUUCCCAAUAUCCAAAUUCGAAAAAGGAUCUCGAGAUAGCCCUCCAAAAGAACUUUUAGGUUUUAAUUUAAACAGUACUGAGCUCUACAAGUCUGGAUUUACAAAAACUGUGAUAGUAGUAAUAGAUGCACUUAGAUUAGAUUUUAUAAACAAUCAAAAUACGCCGAUAUUAUGGAAAGAAAUACAAAAUGGGGGUUGUAUUAGUAAUGUAACCGUUGAGAGCCCCACAGUGACAAUGCCGAGAAUAAAAGCACUGACGAGCGGUAAUUUACCGCAAUUUAUCGAUUUAGUUUUGAAUUUAGCUAGUGCAGAGGUUUUGGAGGAUAGUAUUAUACAUUCAGCUCAUGAGAGUGGUUUAAAAAUAUUGUUUUAUGGUGACGAUACUUGGUUGAAGAUAUUCCCAAAGUAUUUCAGCAGGUUUGAAGGGACCACGUCAUUUUUUGUCAAGGAUUUUGUGGAGGUUGAUAAUAAUGUGACCAGGAAUCUUAAUAAGGAGGUUUAUGAAAAGGAUUGGGACAUAAUGAUUGCACAUUACUUAGGUUUAGAUCAUAUUGGCCACGUCUAUGGCCCCAGAUCAUCACUAAUCCAACCAAAACUGAAAGAAAUGGAAGAAAUAAUCCUAAAAACAUAUGCAACUCUAAAGGAAGAAAGUGAAAAGGUUCUGAUGGUUGUAACAGGUGACCAUGGUAUGAAGGAUGGUGGUGGACAUGGGGGUUCAACAUUUGCAGAAGUAAAUGUGCCAUUUGUAGCACUAGGUUUAGAUUGCCAACCUGGUAAAAUGAAACAAGUUGAUAUUCCAGUAAACCUGGCAAUUUUACUGGGUUUGCAAAUACCUUCUACCAGUAUUGGUCAGUUGAAUCCUAACUUACUAUCCAGUUUAACCCUGGAGAAAUAUCUGUUGGGUCUUUUGUACAAUAGUGAUCUUUUAUUGAAGAAAAAUGAUUUUUGUGGCGAUAUGAUAGAUUUGGCAAAAGAGUUUCAUAAAAUGUACUUGGACAAAAAAGAAAUUACAUUUGCUGAUAAAGCUAAAGAUACAAAAAUGAGCCUGAAGACGCAAAACACCACUCGUUCGGUGGAAAGAAGGAGGGCUUUGUUUCCCGCGAACAGCGUCGAAACGUCUUCCGAGAGCGACUCGGAGUUGGGGCACAUGAGCCCCCUGAGCGCUUCCACCUCCAGUUCCGAUAACGAAGACCUUUUCGCCAAACGUUCCUCCCGCUCGCCCGAGCACCCCAAAUCGGGCAGCAUCGGCGACUACGACAUUAUAGGCGUCGUGGACGGUAACUUGACGGAAAUAAUGAACACCCCCCAGCAAAAUAAACUCGCCGAUUGCACCGAAUCCAUGUCCCCUUUGUACUUGAGUCCCUACGUUAGCUCCUCCCACUUGAAAAAAACCAAGUUGGACACGCCGUUGAGAGGUUCGCCCAGCGAAAAGCUAAAAACCCCCCACGACACCUCGAACACUAACUCUAAGUUACCGAAAUUGUCUCGCAAAUCACUUUUGGAUACUUGUUUUUCAGAGGAAUCGAACAAACGCAAAAUCGAUCAAGGUUCGCCUGAAAACAGUAGUAGCAAGUUGAUUAAGUUAGACCCCACCGUUCAUUCCAAAGUACGUACCGCUCUGUUUCCCGAAAAAGACCUGACUAUUUCCUCCAAAGCGUUUUACCCCAAAAUAGACGUCACAUAUCGAACAAGUUACAGAAUGAAACCGGUUGAUCGCGUUAAAGUUGCCGGCGUAAAGCGCCGCGGUAAAAUCAGGAAGAACGUCUCUCAAAUUAACGCCGGCGUUAUGCACAAAAUCAGGAAACCCAAGCAAAGAAAGCUGGACAAAAAAGUGCUCGAAAAAAUCCUAAACAUCUCCGAUGACCCCGCUAUGCAAGAGUAUUUGCAAGACGUUAAAAACUUAAGCGAACCCGUUAAAAGUCUAAUUGAAAAUAAAGAGAAUCUCAUAAAACCUGCGAGGGUUGUCGAGAAAAACGACCCUGCCUUGCAAGGUUACCUGCAAGAUUUAAAAACCGCAAAUAAACCUGUAGAAUCCCUCAUCAAACCCGCAACCUUUGAUGCCAAGAAAAGACCUCACAGCCCCGAAAAUAAGCAGCAAAAAAAAAUGAAACUCGACUUUGAUACCUCAGACCCCAUAAACAACGAGGACGAACUCAAAACGAACAUCGAUAACAUCCUAACCUCUCUAAAUAACGAUGAAGAAUCUCACACCAUCACCCUGCAAGCUCACGAUUCCGUACUAGAAUCGGAAAACUCCAUUCAGUUGCAUCAAGCCCCCCAAAGGUCGAGCAUCGCCGACGUCCUCAUGUCCCCCACCUCCCUGAUGUGCGACAUGGCGUCCGGCUUGGCCAUAAACAGCCCCAAGAAAGUCUUAAACCUCACCCCCAUCUUGGAGGAGGUGCCCAGCAUGUCUUCGGGCCCGAGGAGGAAGUUCGAGAAGCUGUUCCCGAUGUUCGACUUGGGGAAGAAGGAUUCGCCCGGCAAGAAACAGGAGCCCUCCAAGGUGACCAGGUCGUUGAGGAAGAUGAAGAGUCUGCCGGCCGAUCAGAUGCUUCUGGACGCUGGGCAGAAGAAGUUUGGAGUGGUGCAAUGCCCCGAAUGUCAGUUCGUUUAUCACGUCGGCGAUCCGUCGGACGAAUCUAUGCAUUCCAACUAUCAUUCUAAUGGAAACGUCUUGAAAUUUAACGUUUACCUAUACAUCAAAAACAAAAUGAUAGUCGGUUGUGCUACCGCAUUACCAAAAACCGUCGGGUACAAAAUGCUUUCUCUCGGCCCCGACUUGGACAUGUGUUCCGAAGAGACUUAUCCGAUAAAAUGCGGCAUCUCCCGGAUCUGGGUGCACGUAAACCAGAGAAAACAAGGAAUCGCGUCCUCCCUGAUGGUGGCCAUACAGAAAACUUUCAUGUUCGGUCAUAUUUUGACCGGCAACGAUAUAGCGAUGAGUUCCCCUACUGCUAUGGGCAAACAGUUCGCCGAAAAGUAUUUCAAGACCCCCAAUUACCUUAUUUAUAUGUAGAUAGUUUAAACGUUUGAUUGCUUGUUGGUUCAACAGUUUGUUAUUUAUUAUUUGUUCACAUUGAAACAGUACAAUUUAUGUUUAAGUUCCACUCAGAUAGGUUAGGAAAAAAAUGUUUGCCAUGUUUAUUUUUGUAUUUUAAUAGUUUUGUUUUGUGAAAAAUAUAUAGUUUUUAUAUCUAUAGCACAUACAUAUGUAUUUAGUAACCGAAUAUUUAAAUAAAUAAUUUAUAUUUCUAA